UUGAAAGUCUACAUCCUUCAAUCUAGGAAUAAACAAGAGAAAGACCAAGAUGAGAUUGUUCUUAAUGUUUGUGAUUCUUUUUGGCUUUUACAGUGAAGCCUAUGGGAAAGGUUCUUUAGAUAUCGACAUGAAAUUGAAGGCUCUUAAUAAGCCUGCGUUGAAGACCAUCAAGAGUGAAGAUGGAGAUAUAAUAGAUUGUAUUGAUAUCUAUAAACAACAUGCCUUUGAUCAUCCCGCUUUAAGGAACCAUAAGAUUCAGGUAAACAAAUUCUACACCCACCUAUUUGGCAUGCAUGAAAAGAAGACUAAAAUUCUAAACAACGGUUCUUCAGAACAAAUACAAAUAACGUCUCAGGUUUGGUCAAAAUCUGGAACCUGUCCCAUUGGGACAAUACCGGUUCGUAGGGUUAGUAGAGAAGACAUAAGCAGAGUCUCUUCACCGUCUCAUUUUGGGAGAAAACCUCCUCAUAGAUAUAGUUAUCUCGACAACGCACUUCAGCACAAGGGUAAUUUCAAUAUAACAGCUGAGAAAACAAACCAAGUCGGCACAUACUUUCGAUCGGAGGCAUUUAUUGUCGCCAUAGGGUCCGAUUUUGUUGGAGCUCAAUCUGAUAUAAAUGUUUGGAACCCUCCAAGGGUUCAGGCUAGCGACUACAGCUCUGCUCAGAUAUGGCUGGUUGGUGGUGUCUCAGAUAUUUUUGAGAGCCUAGAAGCUGGUUGGAUGGUGAAUCCAGCUGUUUUUGGAGACUACCGCACACGUCUCUUCAUCUCAUGGACUAAAGAUGGAUACAAAAGCACAGGGUGCAUCAACCUCUUAUGCGCGGGUUUUGUGCAAACAACUAAAAGUUUUGCCCUUGGUGCAGCCAUUGAACCUGUUUCGAGUUCCUCGCACGAGCAAUAUUUCAUCACCGUUAGCGUGUUCCUGGAUCCAAAGAGUGGGAAUUGGUGGUUGACUUGCGGAAACAACGUAAUGGGUUAUUGGCCGGGUACACUGUUUAACAGCCUCAAAUACAGAGCACCUGCUGUGCAGUGGGGUGGAGAAGUCCAUAGCCCUAACAUAGGGAAGAAGCCACACACAGAAACUUCAAUGGGGAGCGGACAAUGGGCAAAUUACCUUUAUGGCGAAGCUUGUUACCACACCAACCUUAGAAUCAAGGACAAUUCCUUGCAGAUCAAGUACCCAAAAUAUCUAUCCGAAUACGUUGAUGAGAAAAAUUGUUACUCUACAAAGCUCUACCGGAAAACAUAUAAAGAAGAACCCCACUUGUACUUUGGGGGACCUGGCAGGAACCGUCAUUGUCCUUAAUCUCAUGCUGAUUUCGUCAAUGUUCAUUCUCUCUCUUGAUAGUAUCACCUUUAAGUUGGAAUUACAUA